AUGUGUCUCCGUGACCUGAGAGAAGGACGUGCAUGGGAUCGGCAUCUUAAAAGUGUGGGAAAGCUGUCCAGUGACCAUGAGGAUGGCUCAUCACACAACUCCACCCGGUUCCACCCUUCCUCCUCUAUCCUUCUGGGGAUUCCAGGCCUGGGACAUGUUCACCUCUGGAUUGGUUUCCCCUUUUGUGCCGUAUAUCUGAUUGCCCUCCUGGGGAACGCUGUCAUCCUCUUUGUAAUCCAGGCUGAGCCUGGUCUCCGUCAGCCCAUGUUCUACUUCCUGGCCAUGCUGGCCUGCACGGACCUAGGCUUGUCCACAGCCACCAUCCCCAAGAUGCUGGGCAUCUUCUGGUUCAAUUCCAGGGAAAUCCUUUUUGGGGCUUGUCUUGCACAGAUGUUUGUGGUUCAUCUGUGCACAGGCCUGGAGUCCGGGAUACUGACGGUCAUGGCCGUAGACCGCUACGUUGCCAUCGGCAACCCCCUGAGAUAUACCGCGAAUCUCACCAACAGGGUGGUGGCCGUUCUCGGCACCGUCACCGUGGUGAGAUCUUUCCUCUUCGUUACCCCUUUCGUGUUUCUCCUCUUGCUCCUGUCGUUCUGUGGGGCCCGAAUCAUCCCCCACACCUACUGCGAGCACAUGGGUAUUGCCCGUCUUUCCUGUGCCAGCAUCAGGGCCAAUCAUGUGUUUGGGAUGGUAGCCUUUUCUGUGGGGUUCGUGGACCUUGUCAUAAUUGGUUUCUCCUAUGGGAAGAUACUCCGCACAGUGCUUCAUUUGCCCUCGUGGAAGGCCCGAUCCAAGGCUCUCCACACCUGCGGCUCCCACGUCUGUGUCAUGCUCAUCUUCUACAUCCCAGCAUUUUUCUCUUUUCUAACCCAUCGCUUUGGUCAUAGCAUCCCAGGCUAUCUUCACAUCUUUCUGGCCAAUCUCUACAUGGUUGCUCUCAACCCCGUUAUCUACGGGGUCAGGACAAAGCAAAUUCGAAUGCAAGUCCUAAGAAUUCUUAACCCUAAAGAUCUGAUGCUCAGCCGUCCCAAUCAUGCUGACAUAUGA